GCUGUGUCUGUUUCUCGUACAGCAUCCUCACAAUUUACAUUCCUUUUCACCACCAGAUCUUGAGUUCCUUCUUCCCCUUGGGAGUAACACCCAAUUUCAUCCACUAAAUAGCCUACUUGGUAAGGACAGGCAUUUGCAGAUCUUUGGGCUUGAUACAGAGCCCACCAUGUCUGCUGACCAUGGCCCUCAGUGCCACAUCCCCGUGGUUUCUGAACACUUCCACGGAUGACAACUCCUCCACCUCCUUGGGCAGCAUUGUCAAUGCAUCACCGCUCUUUGGAGAAUUACCUAUGCACUCCAGAGGAAAACGUUUACAAAAUAGACUUCACCAGGUUUAAAAUCCGGGACAUGGAAUCGGGCACAGUGUUGUUUGAAAUCACCAAGCCAGCAGCAUCAGAGCGUGAACACAAUGACAAGAAGGACGUUGACCCCAACGCGGGGCGCUUCGUGCGCUACCAGUUCACCCCAGCUUUCCUUCGCCUGCGCCAGGUGGGGGCCACGGUGGAAUUCACAGUAGGGGACAAACCCAUCAAUAACUUCCGCAUGAUUGAGAGGCAUUACUUCCGCGAUCAGCUGCUGAAGAGUUUUGACUUUGAGUUUGGAUUCUGCAUCCCCAGCAGUAAGAACACGUGUGAGCACAUCUAUGAAUUCCCACAGCUCUCGGAGGAUCUCAUUCGAGAGAUGAUCCUCCAUCCAUACGAGACACAGUCGGACAGUUUCUACUUCGUAGAUAACAAGCUGGUGAUGCACAACAAGGCAGAUUAUUCAUACAGUGGAGGACCUUGAGAGCGGGAUGGGCAGCCAACCUGGGCUGGCCUUUGCUUUCCAAUUGAAGUCAUCAGGGACACCAACACCUUGGGUUCAGUUGCCUACAACGUCAUCUGGACACGGAUCCACAAACCAAGGACUCUGCCACAGUAGGAGUUUCAUGACCAAACUGGCCAGCCUCAUCUCUUUGAGCAGACCCAGAUCUUCAGAGCUCUGAGCGGUUCUACGAUGCUACGCGAACUGUGGAUGCCACUUCCCUAUGUUCUUCAGGUGUCUGCUUUGAACAUGGCCUUGUGGGACCUUGUGGGAUUUUGCAGAUCUGUCUACUUCCCUCACGUAUCCUUUGGGACGCGAUGGUUUCGGAAAAAGCAAUUUGAGAAAUGCAAUGUGAGUGGACGGAUGCGAGCGCAGAGUUUUGGUUGGUUGGCUCUUGUUGUGAAUGCUUCAAAAGCACGGCCAGUUUUAACCUGUACAUCCAGCUGAAAACCUUACAGGAUCAAGUUUCAUCUUUUGGAUUAUUGCUCUAAAUAAGCAUCUCAUCCCUUUGUUUUGCUCCUUCUGUAUAAUGGUUUUGAAAUCUUGGCAGCAAUGAAACAUGCAGUGAAGACCACUAGUUUCAUCAGGUACUGUGCUGCAUUUCAGAUGGAAGAACAUAGUGUUGGGUGUCUACAAGCCCUCUAAACAUCCUCCAUUAAUUUCAGUUUCUGCAAACUGAAUCCAGUCUGGCCAAAAAAAAAAAACAAAAAAGAAAAGGAUUUUAGCUUUAUUUAAUGCUUUUACAUAGCUACCAUUCAGCUUGUCCGUGCUAUGUGUCAUACAUGUCUGUUUCUUUAAUCUGUGCUCAACACUAAGACAAGGGCUUCAGCAAUGCUCGUUAGAGCAACACUAAUUUGUCCAAGGCAGUCAGAAAGUGUGGAAUGUCUAAUCUCUCAUUUGUAUCUGAAUUUGAAGUGUGCUAUGUCAGCUUUUUCCCUUUGUUUUGCACUGGGUAUGAAUACAGGUGAAGCAGCAACUCUAAUAAUGUCAGGCUUUAAGCCUUCUCUGUAAGAACUUUAAGAACAACCUUGCACAAGUUUCUCAGGAUGCACUUCUUAGGAAGAUAAUAGUGCAAUGAAGUAGCAGUGUCAAUAGCAUAGUGCAUGCAAAACCAAACCUGAGAAGGUUGUGCAGGGUCAAAGCUUCCCUCCUUCAUUUUUCCCAAUUGCCUGUUGUCAUGAAACCCUUACUCUAAAGAUCAGUGAUAGUUUAAAAGAGGAAAAAAAGGCAGUUGCAGUCUGUAGAUAUUCCUAUAAAUACUUGAUGUCUCCAUGUCUGUUCCUGUGAGUUGAAGUGGAAUGUUCAAUGUUAGCCUCAGAUACAUGUGAUUGUACUAAUUUUUAUAAACUACCAUUUCCAGUCGUGACGAACCUCUCCUUGGUCGCAGCUGAAGUCAAACAGGAGAACUACGAGUGGUUGCAGAUGGGAUGUAAGAGCAGGGAGGCUGCGUGCUGUUACUGGUAGAUGGCUGUCAGCUGUGGGGACGUUUCGUAGCAUCACAGAGCCGUUCAGGUUGGAAAAGAGCUCUCAGAUCCCCGAGUCCAACCCCAACCCACCCCACC